CUAUGAAGUCUGUGCUUCUAAGAAUAACCAUUACUCAACAUUUUCCUGUAAACUUCAGCUGCUCGGGUUGUGAGCGCGCUUUAAUGUCAUUAAGUGAGCACUGAGUGUGCAGUAGUGGUGGUGCUUUGACUCUCACACAUUCAUAACAGAUCAAUCUUGCUUGACUAUGCAAUAAAUACCCCUGAUUGAAGCAAUGUUACUCUGCAUCAUCUUUUCUGUGCUGACCUGUUUCUUGACUGUGACCUGCCAAACUGACCAACAGUGUAGACUGGAGGUCAGCAAUAAAACAGCCUUUGAAAACAAAAUAGUAGAUUACAUAAAGGAAGACGCAACAUUUAUGAUUAUUGAGUACAACCUGACAAUAACCAGCAAUGGAAACCUCAGCGACUGGUAUAAUAUAUCAGACCCAUUCUCUAUAGAACCUUGGAGAUGGUAUCGAGCAAAAGGUGCAAACAUGACGAGACUUCUAUUGAUGUACAACAAGAUUUUGUUCGGUCAUUUGCUAUUUUUUGACACUUUUGCAGACAUUCCAGUAAAUCUUGUUGACCAUCCAAGUGGAUGUUUAGCGAACAUUAGUACCGCUGAUAUGUACUCAUUUAUAAUGAGAGCUGUAGUAAAAGAUUUCGGCGUACGUUUUGAGAAUUUACGAACUUCUGAAAAACUGUAUCAAAACCCAUACGUCUGUACCUCGCGAAGAGACGAAUUAACAGAAUCAAAAUAUAAAUGGUGUUGUAAACGCGACUUACACGAUGAUAUAGUGUGUGAGGCUGUCCAAGAACAUAGCAUUGCACUGAUCCUUAUAUACAUAUUUGCUGCCGUGGUAGUUUGGCUUUUAUUUCUAUACAGUCCUUAUUUACUACAAGCGGAUAAAAGACUGAUAUAUGAAUCUGUUUCAUUAGAAGGUUUUUUACCUAUACAACCUUCCACAUCUGCUGCUUCUCCAAAUGCUGAUUCUUCAAAGACUGAUGAUCCAAACGCUGAUUCUUCAAAGACUGAUUCUCCAAAAGCUGAUUCUUCAAAAGCUGAUUCUUCAAAGGCUGAUUGUUCAAAGGAUGAUUCCUCAAAGGAUUAUUCUCUAAUGUCUGAUUCUUCAAAAGCUGAUUCUUCAAAGCAUGAUUUGCCAAAGACUUAUUGUUUAAGUUAUGAUUCUUCAAAGGCUGAUUCUCCAAUCGCUGAUUCUCCAAAAACUGAUUCUCCAAAAGCUGGUUCUUCAAAGGAUUAUUCUUCUAAGGAUGAUACUUCAAAGGAUGAUUCUUCAAAAGCUGAUACUUCAAAUAAACCUUCUAAUAAAACUGAUUUAAAGUUCCGAAUUAAAUUAAACUCCUACUAUGAAAAAGACCAACCGUUACCAUUUGGGAUAUUCGACCUCCUUAGAUCCUAUAAUUGCUGUGGCGGUAAUGAGGACAACAGCGAAAAAUGCUGCGAUGGAAACUGCUGUCGGAUUUAUGUUAGAAAUAAUUUCCCCUGCUCGACGGUAGUUCGCAGAUUAUCGGUUGUGUUUUUCUUCUUCGUUUUCCCAGCGAUUGUACUGUUCAUUCGUUAUGUUUCUGUUUCUGAAAUGCCUGUCAUAACUAGUUUUGUUUUUUUAUUCAUUAUCUAUGUAUCAUUUUAUGCUUCCAUGGCUACAAUUUGUUUUGAAAGAACGGCACACGCGUACACGCGAAGUUUUAAUGCGUUAUCAGAGACGAAAUUCAGUAAAUUUUGUAAUAUCCCAAUGGUUACCAUUAUCUCGUCACCAUGGAUAUCAAGAGAAAAACUAAACAGAGAAUCAACGGAAAAAACUAUUGAAUGCGAUGGUGCAAAUUGUAUUAUUUUAUUUCUAUCACUGAUUGCUACAGUCCCCGCCUGUGCACUUACUUUUGUAUUAGUCACUGCUGUAGUUGUGAUUAUGUAUAGGGUUACUUUUAUUUAUACAAUAGUAUCUGGGAUCGCAGCCUUUCUGGUCUAUUUGCGGGAGAAAGUGAACGAGGUGCGGAAACAACAUGAACGUUGUCUGAAGAUAAUUACGGAGAAAAUUGAGGACUAUAUUACAGCAAGCAAUAUGACAAAAGCAGACAAAAAUAUAUAUUUGUAUAAUGAAGACAAGCCAUUACAUAAUUGGAGUCCAAGAGAGGGACUGGUGACUGUUAAAGGUUGUAUACCCUUUCUAGUCUUGGACCGUGGGAUCUACAUUAAAGACUCGGUGUUAUUUCACUUUUUGCAUUUUGAACAAAAAAAGUUAUUAUGUUACCUGUUUAUGGCGGCAGGAUUUAUUGCAAUUAUUAUCUUGUUGGUGAUUUUCAUAAAUAGUAUGGAUUUCAUUUCCCCUUCUAUUCAAGUGCUCGUCACAGUCUUUACUAGCAUAAUACCUUUGUUGCUCAAAAUAGCGUUCUCUAAAGGCCACAAUGACUGCACCCUAUUCUUUGAUACAGAAGAAUUUAAGAAGAAAAUAGAAUCCUACGAAGAACAAUUUAAAAUGGUGACAGAUAAAGAAACACACACUGAAAGCAAUCCACAACCGCAAACACAGCAGGACAAUAGUGGAAAUACCGGAGAAGUAUCACAGUCCCAGAAGAGCAAUGCUGACGAAAGAGCAAAGUCAUCUUCAGCUUCAGGUGGCGAUAUUGAGCAAGGUCUCAGUGACAAAAGAAAGAAAGCUAAAAUAACGGACGAAAUGCUAGAGCUAGAUGAAGUGCACUAUUCAAACGAAAAAAAACGCCUACUUCCGGGUGAUGGAAAAAAAUACUUUGCAUAAUUGUUCAAAGCUCUUGUCUUAAAACCUUGUAAAACAACUAUGGUGUUUGAGUUGCCUGUCUGUCCCAUUUACCUUAUCUUAGUAAAACUGGAAUAAAUGAAAACUUAGUGAAUACCUAAAACAGAGUCUAAUCUUUUAAAAUUUCAUAGUUAUGAUUAUGCGCAUAAUCUAUAAAUUAUUUUUAAAUCUGACGAAGAAGACAUUUGUGUUACAAGUUGUUACAGCUCUAUUCCACAAUACAGUUUAAUAUAUUGUAUCUAUAUCGCCCUGAUUCUGAUGUAACUAGACUAUAUCGUUUUGAUUUGAAGCUGAUGUAACUAGUCUAUAUCGUUUUGAUUUGAAGCUGAUGUAACUAGACUAUAUCGUUUUGAUUUGAAGCUGAUGUAACUAGACUAUAUCGUUUUGAUUUGAAGCUGAUGUAACUAGACUAUAUCGUUUUGAUUUGAAGCUGAUGUAACUAGACUAUAUCGUUUUGAUUUGAAGCUGAUGUAACUAGACUAUAUCGUUUUGAUUUGAAGCUGAUGUAACUAGACUAUAUCGUUUUGAUUUGAAGCUGCAAAAUAAAAAAAAAGUCUGUAUUAAUUACAAUCACCUUUUGUUGUGACACACUGGCCAUUGACUUUGAAUUUAUUACACGCUUCAUGUCAUUGUCAAAUUCAUUUCAACUGACCUACACAAGAACAACACAGAUUCGCAAACACACACACUUUCAUCCGUGACCCCAAUGUAAAGUGACGUAAUAGCUGUAUUGUUUUGUUUUGUUUGACAUAGUUCGAUUGUGCUUUCAGAAUUGAAGAUCAUUUCAUCCUAGACCAAGCCUCUCGCAUCACGACCGUGAGGGGGGGGGGGAGGGGUUGGACGGUUUUAUUUCAGAACCAUCGGGACGAUAGUUAAGGGCGCUUACCACUCGACCAAAUAGACAUCUUAUAAAAUUAAAUAUCUCAUUUGUCUUUACUACGAUUUUUUUAUUACGUAUGUUUAUUUGUAAAAAAAAUGAAAAAGAAGCUGAAAUCCUAUACUCUUAAGCGAGCAAUUAUUGUAUAUAUGUAUAUAUAUUUAUAUAUAAAUUUUUAUUUCGAAAACGGCUCUAACUAUUUUUUUUUUCAAUUUGAAGGUACGUGUAUAUUAAUGUGAAAAAAUUCUCAACUCAUUGGACACAUCGCGAAAACUCGAGGUCGACAGUUAUAUCGCUUUGAAAAUGACUCAUUAUCGAACAAUUUGGCUAAAAUGUUUUAUGAAUGAAAAUUUUCAAUGACUUGAAACGGGAAAAACACCACUUACGUCACUAGGCUUAUAGCAGUAUACUAAAUCUUUGCAAAUAAGAACAAGUUUUAUGAUUCAAUUGACCUAAUUAAUCAUUUGCGCACCAUCUUAUUGUAAUUUGAUUUAUUAUGGAACUAUGGAAGAGAAGUAAUGAAAUUAAAUUUGCCAAUGUUUGAUUAGUUAUUGUGUUUUAAGUGCUUUAUAAGUUGUUUACACUUUAAUUGCGUAGAGCCGUGUUUAUAGCUUUUACUUUGCUAUUUUGCUGGUGAUUUCCAGCUAUCUCGUUUUGAGGCCGCAUGCAACCAGGUGCUCUUUUCUAGAUCCAUGUCAGUCUGUGCAUUGUUAUGACAUGAUUAGGAAUUAGUUAUUUGUUUCGGGAAUAAGGGGAAAGUUUUAAUUAGCGACAAGUGACGUGACAGAUCUUUAAAAAAGAAGAACGCUCUAAGUGACGCUAAAAGGAAGACGCUUCUUGUAGAGUAGUAGACUUGAGUACGACAUAACUGACAUCGGACGAUUCCCUUCUUGAUUAUUAAAUAUCUUUAUAGAACAACAUCAGCGUCGACUACAUAUUUGAUUGUUUCGGCCUUUCGCCGGUGUUACUGAAUUAGUUGAGUUCAGCGUUACUUCCAGUCAGAUCUACACUAGACAUAUUGUCAAGAAUCAACACCGCGCGGGAGCCUUAACAGCAUAAGCAGGUCUUUAAAGCGUUUCCGUGAGGCACCUCUGUUACAUCGACCACCUAUUAGGUCUCAAAAAAAAAAAAAAGACCGCCUUUGGCAUACUUUUGUCUCCCAUACGACAUACGUCCCCUGCCCAGCGUAACUGUCGGACCAAAAGAAGUCUCUCUAUAUAAAGGCCGCUGCCGAUGACAGACGCAGACGACGAAAAGAACAUCUUAAUCGACCACCUGCGGAAAAUGGCUACGCUUGUUCUGGAUGGGGCAAAAUAUGUAGGUCACUGCUGGGGCUGCGUAGCCACGGGAAAUACUGCAAUCCUCGUUAAUCUUAUUAUUUUUUUGCUGGUGAAUUGUUACCAUGCGUUCAAGCUUCGAAGUCUACAGUCCCGUACUAAAACAAAGGAAAUGGUCAUAACAGAGCUUCUCUACGCUUUACCUGCUCACACUAAACAUGAUAUCUCGCGGUCAACGAAUUUGCGUACGCUGUAGCCUCUUUUAAUUUAAUUUUAAACCUCGGUAAAAAGCUUGGGGUUAGGGCGAGGAGAUGGAAAGCCCAGGAGAGAUCUGAAUUGAGGGAUGCAGGCCGUAUCCUUCCAUGGGCUGUAGCGCCACUGGGAUGGAUGAAAGCAGGUAUGAGCUUCCUACAGUCCGAUUGGGCAGGGCAUCCAGUAUGGGGGACGAACAUAUGCCCCAUGGAAACGUUUCUUUAGAAAACUAACGCAAUGGUUUAAAACUAUUAAGAAAUAAUGCGACAUUUUUCUUAGUCACAAAGUGCCUGCUUUACAUUAUAACUGAAAGAUAUCCGUCACUUGUGUUUCGUAUUAACGCCAAAAUAUUAAUUGCAAUAUUAAAUGUCUGAACUUAACCAGUUGAGAAGUUACAUUGCAAAGACUUUCUUCCAAGCCAAUAAUAGUAAAAUAGUUUUACGCAAAAGAUGCAUUGAAAAACGACAUGACUUGAUCUGUGGUUUGACUAGACUCUAGACUGUAGGAGGACUUAAGAGACUUUAUAUCUAAUCGCCAAGUACAAUUACAUUUAGAACCUACAGAACACAAAAGCAACUUUUCAGAUUAGUAGUCUUCACCCGAUCCUUUAUUUUCGUAAUUACAAAAAUGUUCCCAAAAUGACUUCGGGUAUAUAUUCUUAACCGAGCGAGGCUCGGCCACCUGGUAUUGUAAUUUAUAUGAUUCUAAGUAACGUUGAGUAGUGUAUCUUUGUACACGUGAUACACUUGGCCGUUGAAUAGUUUUGCAUGCUACUGUAGUAAUUGUCAAUUUCACUAAGUGUGCAAUGUUUCUGAGAAACUUGUCACAGAAGUUACAACUUACCAAGUAGUAAUUUAUGUAAAUUGUUCUUCUGAAAAUGCAGCGCGUACACACUUCGUGCUUUUGCCAUCACGGCGAAAAGUGGUUUGGGUGAAAGUGUGAAGCAGUUUAAAGGAGUUUUUUUACAUUACACCGUAACGGCGAAAGGGUCGCAACGCACUUAGAAAAAGUCGGCGUGCUCCAACCGAGACUAUCGUUAUAUUAGGCCUCAACGCUGACCUUCGACGUUGCAACCUCUGGGCAAAGGAAAUCAAUUAGCUCGUAUCCACUUCUUACAGACUUGUGACACCGAGGUCAGUGUUCAAGCCCACGAUGACUUUUGGUCUCGGCUCGCCAAGCAUGACAACUUGGCUCACGUGACAAAUGAGAUGCUUGUAAUAUGAGAGUUGAUGAUGCUGAACAUGGGAGUUGGCGAUGCUGAAAAUGGGAGUGGGCGAUGCUGAAAAUGGAAGUGGGCGAUGCUGAAUAUAGGAGUGGGUGAUGCUGAAUAUAGGAGUGGUCGUUGCUUAAUAUGGGAGUGGGUGAUGCUGAACAUGGGAGUUGGCGAUGCUGAAAAUGGGAGUGGGCGAUGCUGAAAAUGGAAGUGGGCGAUGCUGAAAAUGGAAGUGGGCGAUGCUGAAUAUGGGAGUGGGUGAUGCUGAAUAUAGGAGUGGUCGUGGCUUAAUAUGGGAGUGGGUGAUGCUGAACAUGGGAGUUGGCGAUGCAGAAAAUGGGAGUGGGCUAUGCUGAAUAUGGGACUGGGUGAUGCUGAAUAUAGGAAUGGGUGAUGCUAAAUAAGGGAGUUGGUGAUGCUGAAUAUGGGAGUGGGCGAUGCUGAAUAAUGGAACUGGGUGAUAAUGAACAUGAGAGUUUACAAUGUGGUCUGAUAGAUAUAAGUGAGGGAGAUUUCCGUGGUAUUAGCCUCGUUCUAUCGCAGUUGAUGACCAGUGUGCUCACAUACCCUACAGAACGUUUGCUAGGUGGCGCCUGCUGGCUCUGGUAGUCCAACUCAUUGACUUAAGCGCCAUGCAGCCGAUUGUGUAGAUGCAAACAUGUACAACACUCACAUUCGUAACAGAACAUUAACAGUUUGUGUCAUUUUAUAAACUGAUAGAUUACAAUAACUUUUUAUUUAAAAUUGAUGUAUUUUUAUUUGGUUAACUUGAAAGCCUCAUAUACAGAAAUAAAUAUAUAAAUAUACUCAUUACUAAACAUUUAAUAUUUAUUUAGCCUUAGUUUCUAUUUUUUCUACUGUUGUGUUGUUUUUAAAUAUAUUUAUGUAUAUAAUAAAAUCGGACUUUCGUUAUAA